CCGAAGGGGGGGUUGAAGUUUUUAGGGGGAAAAAUUCUGCCCCCCCCCCCCCCCCCACAGACCGUGACAGAGAAAAUCCAUACCCAUCACAGACCGUGAUAGAAACCCCGGUACCCAGCACAGACAGUGACAGAGAACCAGGAUACCCAUCACAGACCGUGACAGAGAACCAGGGUACCCAUCAUAGACCGUGACAGAGAACCAGGGUACCCAUCACAGAUCGUGACAGAGAACCCCGGUACACAUCACAGACGGUGACAGAGAACCCCGGUACCCAUCACAGACCGUGACAGAGAAUCCCCAUACCAAUCACAGGUCGUGACAGAGAACCAGGGUACUCAUCACAGACCGUGACAGAGAAACUAUAGUUGUAAAACAUCAGAUAAACGGGUAGCUACAAAUGUGUGGCAACGAAAUGGAACAAAAGGGUUUCCAUAUAAUUAGCAACGAUAAGUCCAUCGUGUUCCGCAUUUUUUGAUUCCGCAAGGGAUUGCGCUAACAGCUUUUUUUAUUCACAUUGCUGUCUUCACCUUUGAAUCGGUGAUACAACCUUAUGUUUUUGCAUUGCACCCUUUUUUUUGAAAAUGUAAUUUAUAGAACAGGUCAAAGUAUUGCUGCGAUUCGUUCGAUUUUUCUGGUCUUUUAGCAUGGGUGAUGUAGAAGAAUUUCGAAAUGAGCGUAGAAUAUAUCUGAAGCCGAUCGUAUUUUUCUGAGCCAGACUAAAGCAGCUAUUUUCAUGCAGUUAUGGGCAGUGAAAAUAGAGAUGCUUUCUACAUAUGAAGUGAAUGGAACUGGCUUGUUCAGUUUCAGUAAGGAUGUGCGUGUCAGGGCGGAAUGGUAUAGAAUCGGCCGAGAAAAAAAACAUGGAAAGUAAAAAAUGUCGAAAGAAAAAAUAUCGAAAGCGCCCUAAAUAGAGUUUAAGCCAGAUCUUUCAACAACUCUAUAUGGACAAUCUGUAGUAGCAUUCGUGAGUUGUACUUUUAAACGAAUACUGGAUCUUGAAACUCUAUUUAUAGCACUUUCGAUAUUUUUUCUUUCGACCAAUUCUAUACAUACCUCAGAGCGCGUUAGAGGUGGGUAUACAUCUAGGACUUCCGUAUAGUCUUAGGUAUGCUGAACACUGCAUAUGUCUUUGUACUCACAGUCACUCGUCUUCAUCAACAAUAAUCAAACUCACACCUUCAGUCUUGCCCUUAAUGGCUAUUUGGAGUGCAUGGUAGCGGUUUUAGACAAUAGUGAGUGGUAAAGAUCAUUACUUUUGUUAGCGUCAGUGAUGAUACACGCUGACGCUAGACGGAGAUUGAGCUGGUCCUUCUAGUCUAACUGGAUUAGGACAUCUGCCCGGAUAGCAGAAGGUGUGGGUUCGAUCCCCACGAAGGUCACUUUUUCUCCGUUCUGUUUCUUUCCUUUCCUUUCCUUUCCUUUCCUUUCCUUUCCUUUCCUUUCCUUUCCUUUCCUCCGAGCCAGGCUAACAGGUCCCUUCUUCUCUAAUUGUUCGAAUAAUGAUGGUUCGAUAAUGAAAAACAUUUUAAAACGCAACACCGAAAAAAUUGUUGACUGGUUACAUGAGGUUCGACUAUUUAAAAUAUUUUCUCAAAAACUUAUUCUCUUUUUUAAGGAUGACGUCAUUGUAGUUGAUAGAGACUUUCGGGAUGCAUUCAGCACAAUAGAAGGAUUUGGUUUUGAUGUAGCUUCACCUCCAUUUUUAAAUGGUCGUCGUCAAUUCACAACAAAUGAAGCUAAUGAGUCUAGAUGUGUUACUAAAGUUAGAUGGGUUGUUGAAGCAGUAAAUGCUCGACUGAAACAGUUCAAAUUUUUGUCAAAUACAGUGCAAAACUCUUCCAUAUCAUCUCUUGAAGAUUAUCUUUCAAUUGCUUGCGCAAUCAUUAAUCGAUAUCGAGGUCCGGUUAAAACAUCUAGCUUAGAUGAUGCUGAAAUAUCUGCAAAGAUGCAAGCUUUACGUAAUAAGAAAAACACUUUUGAAAAAGUAAUUCUCGUUCGUAUAGUAAGACAUAUGGUCAAUGUUUUGUUUUCUUCUCUUAGUUUCUUCAACGCAAUAACUUCAAAAAAAUUGUCGUCUAAGUGGGAUAAAUUGGAUCAUCUAGAUUUAUUUACUGAGCUUCCAAUUCUGUCUGAAACACAUAUCACUAAUAAUAUAUCUCUAGGUACUCUAAUAGAAUCUUGAAACUCAGUAAUACAAAAUUACUUUCGCUUUUACUAAGGAGUGUAUCAACUAAAACGUGCACAUUCAUAUGCAGAAGAGAAAUCAGCUACAACACAACUUACAACUCUAGUGGAGUAUGAAAUAUAUAGAUGCAACGAGUUUCCAAACCUUAUACGAGUUCCAACACGAUCUGCUCAUGUCAAUCGAUUAUCAUAUAAUCCAAUAAUUCAAUUUACUACAGAAGAAAUUUCAGACUGGUGGUGCGAUUGUCCAACAGAAAAUACUCUUAUUGGCUGUUGCAGCCACGUAGCCUCAGCAGUUUGGUUCCUAUCUUUUCAACGAUGGCAAUUUCAAAAACGUUCAAUGCCAUCCGGUGACUUCAUUAAUUUUGUAACAGAUUCAAAAGAACUUUCAGACUUUUACGACUCAACUGAUGAUGAUGAUGUCGAUGCUUAG